AUGUCUGAAUUAGGAGAUAGUCAAAAAAGAAAAUUAACAAGUUAUUGUGUUAAAAAAAGGAAUAUAAAAAAAUUUGUUGAUAAUUUGGAGAUAGAAAAAUAUUCUUUUCGAAAAAAUUUAGUUAAAAAUGAAAAUUUAUGUUUAUUAAGUGAUUUUUUGGAAGAAGAAGAAGGGUUUGAUGAAAAAAGUAUUAUUAAAAAUGAUUUUCAAAAUUACAAUUAUUAUCCAAUGGAUUGUGGAAUUUCUAAUAGAUUAAAAAUUAUUUCAAAUAAAUCUUUUUGGUGGAUGAAUGAUAUUAAUGAAGAUAAAAAAGUUGCUGUUCCAAUGCAAAUAUAUGAAUUAGAUACUAUGCUGGAAAAUAAAAUUAUUGGAAUAAAAAAAACUUUGACAUAUUAUAUGUUUCCUAGUAUUCCUGGUGUUCAAUCUUUUCCAAGAUUAUAUAAUGAAACAAAAGAUUAUCAAUUGUCAAGUAAGAAGUUUAAUGUUGAUGAUAAAACAUUUGAUCAAAUAAUGAUCCAAUGGAAUUUAUGUUUAGAAGAAAAUAUUUAUUUGUGGAGAAUGAAAAAGAUAACUUUUUUUUAUAUAUUUACCUCAUUUUAUACAAUAUAUUUUGGUAAUGAUCAAAAGAUAAUAUUAAAUGGGAGUACAGCAUGUUGUAGAAAAAGAUUAAAUGAAGUAAAUAUUUCUUAUGAUAUUCCAGCAUCGUUAGAAAAAUUAAAAAAUCAAUUAAAUAAUGAUAAGGAUGAAAAAAAUAUUCCUAUUGAAAAUAAUAAAAAAAGUAAAAUUGAUGAGGCUAAAAAAUCUAUGGAGGAAAUUGAAACAAUAGAAUUAAACGAAUUAAAAGGAACUUAUCCAGUUUUAAUAAAUUUAAAAGAUUUAGAAAAUUUUAUCACUCUUCUUAAAGAUAAAACUUUUAUCAUACCUAAUUAUGGUAUUCAUUGUCAUCUACCACCUACUAUUGUAUCUUCAAACCCAUUUUGCAAUAGUACUAUCAAAGAAUUAACAAUAACUUCAAGAAUUGUAAAACCUUUAGAAAAAGAUUUUGAAUAUCAUAUUGAAAUUGAUAAUGGUCCAAUUUUUCCAUCUGUUGGAAUUGAAAUUAUUAAAUAUUUGUACAAUACUUCUACUAAUGAUAACACUAGUGUGGAGAUUCAUUUUUAUGGAAAAGAAAAUUAUUAUGGCUUGAAUUCAUUUUUUGAAGGUGCUGUUAAUAUACUUACAAGUUAA